GUGGCAACAAACCAGUAUUGAAGAUAGCUAUAUAAUAGUUACAACUUAGGGUUUCUGAUUCGUGUGCCGAAUUCACUCUCUCUCUUGGCCGUCAUCUGGAGGUGGUGUUUUUGCAAAGAGUGAGUCAUGGCUGUUGGCAAGAACAAGCGGAUCUCGAAGGGGAAGAAAGGUGGCAAGAAAAAGGCUGCUGAUCCGUUUUCCAAGAAGGACUGGUACGACAUAAAAGCUCCUUCAGUGUUUCAGGUCAAAAACGUUGGAAAGACACUUGUCACCCGUACUCAGGGUACCAAAAUUGCUUCAGAAGGACUCAAACAUCGAGUGUUUGAGGUAUCUUUGGCUGAUCUUCAAGGGGACGAGGACCACUCCUUCAAAAAGAUCAGGUUGAGAGCUGAAGAUGUCCAAGGGAAGAAUGUUCUUACAAAUUUCUGGGGAAUGGAUUUCACCACUGACAAGCUGAGAUCAUUGGUGCGAAAGUGGCAAACCCUGAUUGAGGCCCAUGUCGAUGUGAAAACCACUGACAACUACACAUUGAGGAUGUUCUGCAUUGGAUUUACCAAGAGGAGAAGUAAUCAGGUGAAGAGAACCUGUUAUGCACAGUCAAGCCAGAUUAGACAGAUCCGUAGGAAGAUGCGCGAGAUAAUGAUCAACCAGGCAACAUCCUGUGAUUUGAAGGAACUUGUCCGCAAGUUUUUUCCUGAGAUGAUUGGAAAAGAAAUUGAGAAAGCUACAUCGAGUAUCUAUCCUCUGCAGAAUGUUUUCAUUCGAAAAGUCAAGAUCCUUAAAGCUCCAAAGUUUGAUCUUGGAAAAUUGAUGGAGGUCCAUGGGGAUUACUCCGAAGAUGUUGGUACUAAGGUUGACAGACCCGCUGAUGAAACAAUGGCACCAGAGGGAACCACCGAAGUUGUUGGAGCUUAAUUUAGUGAUAAUGCAUUUUUGCUUUGUUUAGGUUUCCUGUUACUUGUGUUUUUACUGAAAAUUAAGUUUAAAUUUGAGUAUAACAUUUUGCCGUGCAGAAAACUUUUUUGGCCUAGCAAUAUAUAUCUGGAUUUUGUUCGGAACCCUCAAUUAAGAUUUGCGGCUCGUAGGCAAUAUAUAUUCUUUGAGUUUGAACUUU